AAAUUUUCCGGAAAGCUUGUUAAGAUAAACGCGGAGGAUCUUCAGUUGUUUAUCCUGUUUAUCGCGUUUAUCAGUUGUGUUGUUUGUUUGAACCUGGAUAUAAAGAUAGUGCAAAGUGUAAAGAGUGAAAAGAUGUAUCCAAUCCACCCAAUAUUUUCGCGAAGUAGGCAAAUAGAGGCUGCCAAAACGAUGAUGGAGUAUCUGGACAAGAAAAUAGAGAAACUUCGGUGUGAAUUGGCAGAGACCGAAGAGGAGUACAAGCUGAUGAAGACUUUCCUGUAUGACAAAGUGAAACCCACUCAGACCCUGACAAAUAGGGAAAUUAUGAGGUACAGUCGUCAGAUUUUGGUGCCGGGCUUUGGUGUCCAGGGCCAGGUGAAGGUGAGGAAUGCCAAAGUACUUAUUGUUGGAGCUGGUGGUCUUGGGUGCCCAGCUGCGAUGUAUCUAGCUGCAGCAGGAGUUGAGAACAUCGGAAUACUGGAUUACGAUAGAAUUGAGAUAAACAAUCUCCAUCGUCAGACGCUGUUUAAGGAGCUGGAUCUUGGUAUCCCAAAAGCCAUUGCCAUUGGGAAUGUUCUGAGGGAGAUGAACAGCAAGUUGCACUUUGAUUCCUAUGUUGAGCAGCUGACCACUGAGAAUGCUCUGUACAGGGUUGAACAGUAUGAUGUUAUCCUGGAUGCGACGGACAAUGUAGCCACGAGGUAUCUGUUGAGCGAUGCUUGUGUUAUGCAGAAGAAGCCCCUUGUGUCCGGGAGUGCUCUGCAGUUCGAUGGGCAACUGACGGUUUACAACUACAAAGAUGGCCCUUGCUAUCGUUGCCUCCAUCCAAGUCCCCCAAACCCGGAACAUGUUCAGAAUUGUGGAGACGGAGGAGUCCUAGGACCAGUGACUGGUGUCAUUGGAUCCCUCAUGGCCAUGGAGUGCAUCAAGGUGCUCGCGAGAAUGGAGGGAAUACUCUCAAAACGCCUCCUUGUCUACGAUGGAUUCGAAGGAAAAUUCCGGACGCUCAAACUUCGUGGUAAGGCCAAAGAUUGCAUUUCCUGCUCGGAAAAUCCACAAAUCACCAAACUCGUCGACUACGAGACAUUCUGUGGAGCUCCAGCCAAUGACAAAAACCCAAAUCUGAAGCUCCUGGAACCGUCCGAAAGGAUUACCGUGCAGCAGUACAAGGUACUCCGUGACAAGGAAACUCCUCAUGUUCUCGUGGAUGUCCGGCUGCCAAAUGAGAUGGAAAUCUGCAAAUUAGAGAAUUCCAUGAAUAUCUCCAUCGAGGACAUCAAGAGCAAGAAGAUUGAGCAAAUAGCCGAGAAAUUGGAGAGCAAGAAUUUGCCAAUCUUUGUGAUUUGUCGCCGCGGGAAUGAUUCCCAGAGGGCUGUGAAGAGGCUGAGGGAGUUCAUCAAGGGGGAAAAUGCACCGAGGGAUGUCAUCGGAGGUCUCCAUGCCUGGACCAAGAAGAUCGAUGCCACGUUCCCAAUCUACUGAUCUCCUGGUUACUUUCUGGAAGUACACGUGAAUCCUCUCAUUCACAGCGUGCCUCAAAAUGUCCCCCAAAAAAGCCCUAUUCCUAAUUCCUUUUUUUCUAAUUUCUGGGCUUAUUAUAGAUUUAAAUAAAUGGCUAUUACUUUUCACGGGUUCAUCUACUUUAAGAAAAAAAUGUAGUUACCUAAACAAGAAUUUUGAAAUAAAGUUUUUAACAGGAACAAA